GUAUCAGUGUAGAUAAAAAUCCUCUGAAAUGGAAUGUCAUCCAGGAGAAAUACCAUAUGGUGGUCAACGGUAGUCAUCGGCCUGGACAUUGCACUUCUAGGAGCAAAGUAGCCAUUCUCAUUCCCUAUCGUGAUAGGGACAGCCAUCUUAGAAUAUUUCUCAACAACAUGCAUACCUUUCUUAUGAAGCAACAGUUAGAUUAUGGGAUAUACGUCGUAGAACUUGAUAAGGAUAUUCCAUUCAACAGAGGGUUUUUAUUUAAUGUUGGAUUUAUGGAAGCCAGCAGUGACUAUGACUUUGAUUGUUUUAUAUUCCAUGAUGUGGAUCUGCUUCCUAUGAAUGACUUAAACUUGUACUCAUGUCCAGAUCAACCAAGACACAUGUCUGUCGCCAUUGACAAAUACAAAUACAAACUUCUUUAUCCUAAGAAUUUUGGCGGGGUUUCUUCGUUGACCAAAGAACAAUUUACAGCCGUUAAUGGAUUCUCAAACUGGUUCUUUGACUGGGGUGGUGAAGAUGAUGAUUUGUACAAUAGAAUUGUUUCCAGUAAGAUGACGAUAUCUAGAGUCAUGAGUGACGUAGCUAGAUAUACCAUGCUCUCACACAAGCAAGCAGUGGCCAACCCUCAGAGGGGGACAAUUUUAAAGACAGGAAAACAACGCAUGGAAAACGAUGGAUUAAAUUCGUUACAUUACAAAAUAGUGGAAAAGACCCACAGAAAAUUAUUUGUUCAUAUAAAAGUGUCAAUAGACCCAAAAGAGUUGACAAAUUUCGUUCAAAACAUCCAAACGUUUGUGAAAAACCAUACUCCAUCGAACACCUCGUCAAAAUCUCACCAGAAGUUAAGGCGGUUCUCCAAGAUUAAAGGGAGAGUGAAGUUCAAAUAGUUGACAUCACUAGACACCCAGGUACAUGAAGAAUUUAAAGAUAUUUUUUUUGAUAGUGCACACAACUGUCUGAACUAAGUUGUCUGUGGUUAGACGAAGACUGUGCGUGUGUCCUCAGACAAUAUAUGUAUAAUAUGGUGCUAUCUAUGGACGAGUUAUAAUUGUUCUCCGAGUUUGGAGUCUUUCUGAGGAGUUGCCUUUUCCCUUUUCUAUAAUACAACUCUGUAUUUCAGACCUGAUUUUAUUCUAAGAUGUAUUAAAGGGUAAAAAAACUAAAUAGAAUUUAUUUUAUGCAAGCUUACUUUCUUUAAGCAUCAUUUCUUAUA